GACAUUCCCAGCAGUGCAAAUCCAAAGAGUAUCAAGACAAGAUUCUUCUAAUUAAUACCCAGCUGGCACCUUUGAGUUGUUCAGUGUUGGGGUGAGAUGAGCAAGAACAAAGGAUGGCAGCAGAGAACAAGAGUUGAAGCAUGAGCUCAGACACCAGCCAAGCUGUGGUCACUACUCCUCCCCUUCCCAGCAUGCCACACAAAGAGAGAUACUUUGACCGAAUCAAUGAAAGUGAUCCAGAAUAUCUUCGAGAAAGGAAUAUGUCUCCUGAUUUACGACAAGACUUCAAUAUGAUGGAGCAGAGGAAGCGAGUUACUCAGAUCCUGCAGAGCCCUGCCUUUCGGGAAGACCUGGAAUGCCUCAUUCAAGAACAGAUGAAGAAAGGCCACAACCCAACUGGUUUACUAGCCUUACAACAGAUUGCAGAUUACAUCAUGGCCAACUCUUUCUCAGGCUUUUCUUCACCUCCCCUGA